AUGGUGGUACGGAAUCUGCUGAGACCUAUACAAACAAAUGCUGGAACUUUGUAUUUGUGCCAAAGGCAAAGACCCAACGAUGAUGGCGAAGAAUCGAGUGGUCCACCGAAGAAACCAAUGAACAAAUCAUCGUCUUCGCUAAAGAUUACCUUAAUGCAAAAUCAAAAUGUUAGCGUUACUUCAUUGGAAGAGGCCAAGAAUUUGGCCAAACGACGUUCAAUGCAUUUGGUGCAGGUGCAAAAAUUGGAUACCAAGACGCAGAGACCGGUUUACAAAUUAGUUUCAUCCGCCGAACGCCUGCAGGAAGAAUUAUCCGAUUUGAAGGGACAAGAUAAGGACGAGAAAACCCCACAAAAGAAAUCCGAAAAAACACUCAACAUUGGCUCACGCAUAUCCGAUCAUGAUUUGGCAUCACGCUUGAAAAACAUUUCCAAAUGGUUGGCGAAAAGUCACGAAGUACGCAUUUUAAUACAAGGCAAUGAAUCGGAAUUGCCUAACUGUGAAAAAAUCUACAAAACUAUAGAGGAAUCCAUUAAAACCCCUGAAGUGAUUGGAAAAAUUGUACAAAAACGCAUCAAAGGUUCCGUAAUUAAAUUUAAUAUUUUACCCAUUGUUAAUAAGGAAAAUUCAACAAUUACAAACCAAUGA